UAUCCAAGAAAGCGGAAAAGUCUAAUGGAAUAUUUUAAGUACGAGUUAUUUGGUAUAGUUGAAGAUGGCGGCGCCCACUGAUCACGAGAAAAACGCAAACAAAGUCAUUAAAAGUGUUUCAAGGCAAAGCAAUGAAAAAAGGUUGAUAGUUGUUCUAGAAAAGGCAUCGUUAGAAUCAGUAAAGGUGGGGAAGCAGUUUGAGUUGCUAAACUGCGAUAAGCACAAAGGUUUAGCCAAGAAAUUCAAACGGGAUAUAUCACUAUGUCGUCCAGACAUAACACAUCAGUGUUUGCUAAUGUUGAUGGACAGCCCACUGAAUAGAGCAGGACUUCUUCAAGUAUAUAUUCAUACAGAAAAGAAUGUCCUGAUAGAAAUCAACCCUCAAACAAGAAUUCCCCGAACAUUUGAUAGAUUCUGUGGUCUUAUGGUACAGCUAUUACAUAAGUACAGUAUUCAUGCAGCAGACGGACCACAGAAACUUUUAAAAGUGAUAAAAAACCCUGUCAGUGACCAUUUUCCUCUGGGUUGUAAGAAAUAUGGGACUUCAUUUCAUGUUGAAAAAGUGACAGAUCCUCGUGAAAUUGUGCCAGAAAAGGAACCUGUUGUUGUUGUCGUAGGAGCUCUUUCACAUGGCAGUGUGGACGUUGACUACACAGAGGACGAAAUCUCCAUUAGCAGUUACCCCCUGUCUGCAGCCUUAACCUGUGCAAAGAUCUGUUCAGCGUUUGAAGAAAAAUGGAAUGUUGUCUGACCUUAGCUGUCAAGGUUGUUUCACAAUGCCUUCCUGGAGGGUGUUUGUCUUUCAUUUAUGUAACGUUUAUAAAUCUCCUUAUUUCAACCUUGGGAGAAAUUAGACCUUGGACUAUCGAUCAAGGCUUACAAUGUACCUGAUUUCCUCCACAAUCAGAGAAACUAUUGGAGGUAGUCAGUUUGGUAUUGUUUAAGCAUAGAAUUUUUCAACAACAAAAAAAACAGACAUUAAAUAUGUAGAAAACAAAGUUGAAGUUAGUAAUAAUUUAACCACUUCAUAUGUACUAAAUAAUGUGCUUUUGUUAUCAAACAGACAAAAUUGUAACAAAUGAUCUGCACUACAUAAUGAAAAAAGGUAAAUUCUGAGAUACUUAGAUGAACUAAAGGCAAUGCAUUCUUAAUCUACUGUUGCCACAUUAAGCUUGCAGACUUGAGCGCAAGGAUAAAAACAGGAUGUGGCUGGAAUUUCCUGUUAAUUGAUCUGUUCACCACUCAUCAUAAUUUUUUCAUCUCAUCUCACUGUUGCUAUCUAAACAAUCUAAUUAAAAUUAUAUGUUAGAUUCGCUCGCAUUACAUAUGCGAGUAUGCAAGCUGAUCCAACUUCUAAUUUUAAUUAGAUUGGCUAUCUAAAAUACCUAAAUUUUAAAACUUUUUUUAUUUUGUUCACACUUCCUCUUCAACUAUUUGCUGUUUUACCAGAAAUCAAUCAAAGAAGCACAUGUAGGUUGUCUAGGUUACCUCACAGCAACAGUUGUAUUUGUGUCUGUAUUCCAAAUAAAUCAAAUCUUUCUUCUUUUUUCCCCUCAGAAUCGCUGUAUUUUGUUGCUGUUAUUUGGGUUCUUUAUUGUUUAUUUCUUUUUUUUUAGUUUGAAACAACAUAUUGCAUUCUGUUCAUGAAUCCCACACAAAUUUUGAAUAAUUUGACAAGCCUGUAGAAGACAGUGACUUACUUGUGUUUUAAAUAUAUUGGAAACAAGAUGAAAGUUUUCAAACACUUUAUAGCAAAUAAAAUCUUUUUCGGACACA